GUAAGUAUUACCAGUAUAAGUAUUACCAGCAGUACCGUAACUACUGAGUGGAAUUAGCAGUAUCAUAGUUACGAUAACUAUACCGAGAAGUACAGUCACCCAGUAUCACUACAGAAGUAACACUAUACCUAACACUACUACACUACUACCCUUAACACUACUAUAACUAUAACUAUAACUAUAACUAUAACAUGUCUCAAAGAAUAGGUACUUCAGCCGUAGCCCUAACUCGUGUAUGGCACCAUGUGGACGUAGCAGCCGACCCAAGAACUUUAGGAAGAUUGGCUGCGUCCAUAGCUCUAACUUUACAAGGCAAACAUAAACCAACUUAUUCUCCUAAUAGAGAUCAUGGAGAUUAUGUGGUAGUAACUAAUUGUAAACAUUUAAAAGUUACAGGAAACAAAUUAAAGGAAAAACAUUACUGGUCUCAUACCACCCGUCCAGGAUCCUUAAAACUUGUACCAAUGGAAAAGAUGAUUGAAGAUAAAGGAUAUGGAGAAGUAUUAAAGAGAGCUGUUAAGGGAAUGAUUCCCAAGACAAAACAUAGACUUAUAAGAAUGGAUAGAUUAAAAUUAUUUGAUGGAGAUGAACAUCCUUAUAAGGAGAAUUUAAUUGCCUUUGCUGAUGAAGUGGAAGAGAUGAAACGUAAAUCUAUUGAAUUCGAACAAAGAGAAGCUCGUUUGAAUGAACUUCGUAAGAAUUACUUAAAGGAUUAGUAUACUGUAAAUAGACACUCUGUAAAUAAAACAUAUAUUAU